AACCUUAGUGGGCGCUCAAGAUAGUAGUUUUGAAUAAUGAGUGGAACGAAUGAAUGAAGUUAUACAGUUUUACAAGUAUAGCCGAUCAGCUAUGUAGAAUGUGCUUUUCUGAUCAGUGUUGCAUUGGGUGUAUUAUCUUUAUUCAUACCAAGAGCUAUUAAAUAAAAAUGGAGACACCAGAUGAAACAAUUGUGAGGUUAACUGGCGAGUUGGAGGAUGCACAACUGGAAAAAGUUCAGGCUGCAGAGUAUGGUUUGCAAGUACUGGAAGAAAAGAGACAACUCCAGCAUCAAUGUGAGGAACUUGAAAGCCAGCUGGAAAUGACUCAACGUGAAUUAGAAAAUGCUCGCCACGAAUUUGAUCUAAGCACCAAGGCACUUUACUCGACCAAAACCAAGACCAAGAAAGCAUUCUGCGAGGGAGAGCUAAGAGAGGAUAGUCUUGAAAAACAAUGUAAAGAUGUAGAGGAGAGACUUAUUCAAGUGGAGAAGGAAAGAGAUAUUGAAUCUUCUCAAAGCAAAAUUGCUGUUGCAAACGCACAAGAAGAAGCGGAUCGUUUAACCAUUCUUAACAAUGAAUUAAAUAUG